GUCUCUCGUAUUGUUUAGCGAAUAAUAAACACGAGUAUUAUCUAGGUACGGAAGGAGAAUAUAUUUUUAUUUUCCGACGAGUGCGGGAGGCUAAUUCUGAACGCUUUUGCGUUUGCAGGUGUGAAAUGUCCUGGUAAUGCUUGGUGAACACAAAAAGUUGUUCAUGUUUUAAGUGCGUGUCCGCGGCCAUUUUGAAUUGCAUGUUGGUCAUAAGCAGUGAGGUUGUAUGGGCAAUGCAGUGCACACGGGGAAUUCCGUGUACAAGGUGUUUACUUGUAUUAAAUGUGUACAAUAUAUGUAACUCUAUUUUUUAAAUAAGUGAAUGCUUCAAAUUUAUAGUAGGCAAACAACCACCCACUAAAUAUUUGAAUAUUUGUCGUAAUCUUAAUAAAAACAUUCUGCAGCGACAUGAAGUGACAAAUAAUAUUAUAAAUUGAUGUUACUUCGAGUAACUUAGGCCUGUAUUCUGAUAGAAAAUAAUUUUUUGUGGAAUUAGAAAACUAAUUUUUUUUUUCAGCUUUUAACUAAAGGUGCCAUUUUGAUUUACGGCUUAUGACCUGCUAAUCACAUGUACUAUAUGCCCAGAAGUAUGUGGAAGCCUGACCAUCACACGCAUAUGCGCUUGUUGAACAUCCCAGGUGGCUAGUGUUUAGCACUGUUGCUUCGCACCUCCAGGGUUGGGGGCUCGAACCCCACCUCCACCCUGUGUGUUCAGAGCUUGCGUGUUCUCCCCGUGCUUCUUCCGGGUACUCCGGUUUCUUCCCCAAGUCCAAAGACGUGUUGUUGUUUGGCAUUUCCAAAUUGUCCGUAGUGUGUGAGUGUGUGUACGAUUGAGCCCUGCUAUGGGUUGGCACCAUGUCCAGGCUACACCAUGACCCCGUGUAGGAGGUACAGAAGAUGGAUGGAUGAAUGUCCCAGUCCAAAACCAUGGUCUUUAAUAUGGAAUUGGUCCCCAGUUUGCUGCUAUAGCAGCCUCCAAUCUUUUGGGAAGUAUUUAUACUAGAUUUUGGAAUGUUGCUGUGGAAAUUUGUGGGAUUUCAUUUAGCUGCAAGAGCAUUAGUGAGCUCAUGCACUAAUGUCUGAUAAGAAGGCCUGGUGCGCAGUCGGCAUUCCAAAUCAUCCCAGUGGUGUUCAGUGGGGUUGAUGUCAGGGCUCUGUGCAGGCCAUUCAUUUUUUUUCCACACCAAUCUUGCUAAACCAUGUUUUAUGGACCUCACUUUGUGCAUAAGGGCACUAUCAUGCUGGAACAGGUUUGGGCCAGACCCAUUAAAUCUAGUGACAGGAAGCUAUACAAAGACAUUCAAAUGGACAAGUAUGUGCUUCUAACUUUGGAGCAACAAUUUGGGGAAAGCCCACAUGUAGUGAGGUGUCCACAUACUUUUGGCCAUAUAGUAUAUAAAGUUAUUGACCGAACUCUUGCUUAAUGAGGUCCAGUUAGAACAGCCACCUCUAAAAAAAAAGGUCUAUCAUUCAAAGCCUAGCUUACUGCCUUAAUGUUGAUAUCCAUCUAGUGGAGUGAUAUAGAUCACAACAUUGGGAGUUCAGGAGGAGGUUCUGCAGGAAUGGUAGCUUCCUGUGUACCAUAAAUUUUGAGCAGGCUGUAAAAAGUGUUCACAAAACAGACAACUAUUGUUAAGUUUAUUAAUUUCUUUGUGUACAUUGCAUUGAUGGAAUACGCCAACAUACAGAUGCCAAAAUCUGUAGCAAUAUGUGUGAUUGCUGCAGACAAUUAUUUUGACUCAUUUCCCUGCACUUAGGCUAUAACAGAAAUAGAAUAGAAUUGAACAUAUGUUUACUCCACAUUGACUUGUAAAUGUAAUGUGGCCACAUUAUAUGAACUUAAAAUCUACAAAAAUUACCUUGAGCAAUAAAGGUCUUAGGACUGGAAAAACAUGAGAGAAUAUCUUUCCAAUGGUAUUAUGUCAUUUUGUCCAACAUUUCAGUGCUGGUCCAAAAGUAAAUGUAAAAAGUUACUGACACUUUCCAAAGUUGGGGCAAAGUUAUUAGCCCCAUAUCUUAAAGAAGCAAAUAAUUUGGAUUUAGAGCUUAAUUUUGUUUACUGUCAGAAUUCAACAAUUGUCCUAUGACUUACAUUACAAGUAAGGUUUGACGUAAACAAUUUUCCCCCCUUUUUUAAUCAAUACAGGAAAAUGUAAAAAAAAAAAAAAAAAAAAAAAUCUGUCUGUGGUAAGUACACUACGGAUGUGGUGUAUAAAGAUUAGAUUGAAAAAAAUACUAUUUCUUUAAAGCCUCUGGCCACACGAUUUCACGUGUUAAAACUUUGUGAUACUAAAGAUCUGUUAUUAAAUAACGUAUAUAUCCUGAACUACAAUUUAAAUUAUAACUAAGAAUUGUCAGACAGUAUAUUGAUGGACAGUCCUAGGGCUAGAAAAGCAUGUAAGUAUGACAGCGUUGUGCUUCCACAGCACUUUUUUUUUUUUUUUUUUUUUAACAUGCAAGUCGUGAAAGUUGCAUGAUGUGUUGGUGUAUUUUGUACAUGGUGGUCACAGAAAACAGCAAAAAUAACGUAAGAUUGCAUCUUGUGUGCACCAUGCUGCUACUUCCCCCUUUCAGUGAGUUUGAAAAGCUACACUGAUAAGCAGAACAUGGCACUGCAGCAGGUGAUGCUCGGCAAAAUCAGAUUAACUUGUAUUUUGUCUUCAUUGUCCCAGCAUAAGCAAUGACUAUUAUAAAAAUGUUUUAAUUAGAUAAAAAUUCAGCUUGCCUAUCUUUUUAUGGUAAUAGGUGUCAAUUAUAGUGCAGCCACCUAGAACUACUCGUUACAACACAAACUACUACACUAAAUGGGUGUAUUUUAUGCAAUUUUGCUCACACUCGGGCACAAAGUGGCUGAUUGAGCAAAAAGAAGUCACUUCAGUUUCUGUGGUUGGGGUGAAAAGGGAGCUGAUGUAAGCAGAUGAAUAAUUCUGAUUGGUAUUUUGGUAGGCUUGUCACAUUUACCUUUAUGCUGAUUAACAGUUUUGACCUAAUUAUUUAAAAUAAAAUCAUAGACUGACUAAAUAUAAUAAAACUGACUUGACUAUUAAAAAUGAAAUAUUAAUAUUUACAUUAAUAUUAAUAUUUGCUAAGCAUAGUUUUGGACUGUCUGGGAAAUAUUAACUAACAAUCCUUAGUACUUUCAAUCUAAGUUCUAGAAACCAGCCAUAUAUACUAUAUCACACAUUUGGGAAAGUCAUUCUGGUAUAUAGUCCAUAGUAUCUAAUUAUUAAUAAACAUGAAUAAUAUCCAUGUACUUUUCUAAUUGUCCAGCCAAAUGUCUUACCAAUGAGAUAUAAAAAUAGCAAUCCACAGCCCUCCACUGUGUGCCUAAAUGGAUUAUUUUCGUAUAAUAGCACGGCUUGAGGUGUGUUAUUCCACUUAUACCACAGUGAAUUAUGAUUACAAUUUUUUUUUUAUUAAUGAGUGACACAUUAUGCUUUUUUAUAACACCGCUUGUGUUGAUGCAUGCUACCAUACUGCAUUAACAGCAGAAUAAAAUGAUGUAUCAAAUCAUGUUUAGCUCUGUCAACUUGUCAGAUAUGGUAAAUGCUCUGUGUUGAAUGUGUUAGCUGAAUGUUGAAAAAUCAGCAAGGAAGACAGAUUGUUGACAUCACAUAGAAUGUGGAUUUACUAUUUUUCCUUGAAUCACCUGAUUGCUUCUUCUGCUCUUGUGUAGUAAGGGCUCUCCAGAAAAGAGGAUAAUUGCAGAGUCCCAGUUCCAUUAUUGGGCUCUGUACAAAGCUGGAUACUCUGGUACUAAAUAACAAAUCAAAAAGUAGUUAUGAUUGCCUUGGACAGUUUGUAGCCUUGGUUAAUUUAUUCUAAUAUAUUUUCACAAAACAUCACCUGGUCUUUUUCCAGUCUUCAACUGUCCAGGUAUGGUGAGUCUUUGCCCACUGAAGACUCAGAUUCCUGUUCUUGGCUGACUGGAGUGGAAGCCAGAGUGGUCUUCUGCUGCUGUAACCCCUCAAGUUUUGAUGUGUUGUCCAUUCUUCAAUGCUUUUCUGCUCACCACAGUUGUAAAUAGUGGUUAUCUUAGUUACCAUAACCUUCCUCUUAGCUCAAAACAGUCUGCCCAUUCUCUUCUGACCUCUCUCAACAACACUCUCUCGAUUGUUUUGUUUUGUUUUGUUUUUUGCACCAUUCUGUGUAAAAUGUGUGUUGUGAAAAUUAACUGAAGAGCUUGACCCGCACGUAUCUGCAUGAUUUUAUGCAUUGCUCUGCUGCCACGUGAUUGGCUGAUUGGAUAAUUGCAUGAAUGAGCAGGUGUAUACUGUACAUCAUUUUUGUGUCAUUAUAGCAAUAUAUAUGUGAUGUGUAUAUGGAUAUACAGCUAUAGCUUUAUGUCACUGAGCAGUUUAAGCUUUUGCAGCUUUACUCUUUGCUGUAAAUACUGUAAGCCUCUUUAAGCCACUUAAAGUACCAUCCUAACACUAAAUAUAAGUUGUAACUGUAAUAUAUGUCCAUUCGUGUAGAUUAUUUAGAAUGCUGUCUAUUGUUGCAUGCAUGGAAAAGUAAGAAUUUCACUGCAUGUUGCACACUGCAGCCUACGUUUGUUCACAUGACAAUAAAAACCUGAACGUGACCGGUAGUUUGGGGACGUGGUUUUGUUAGCAUAGAGAGACAGUGCUUAUCAGCAGAUCGGCGCUGUGCUUGGAGUGGGGGAGGAAUAAACGGUGUUUGUAUAAAUGGCGGGCGCGCGCGCAGAGACGCGGACAGAAGCGCGAGCGUCAUGGACCUGAGUGAGGCGACGGCUUUACGGCAGCAGCGCAGCAUUAAACAGACUAAUCGGUUUUUACGCAAGGAUUCCGCCGACUUGCUGCCAUUAGAUGGCCUCAAGAAACUCGGAACGUCUAAAGAAGGGCAACCACACAACAUUCUCCAGAGGAGGCUGCUGGAGGCCACUUUAUCACGGAACAGACUGAACAACCGCAACGUGAAACCAUCACGCAGUCAUAUGGUUCAAAGCCACAGUGUGCACAGCGACACUCAAGCGGAUGAGACUGACCUCAUUCAAGUCAUGUGUCAGUGCUUUGGGAUGGAUAUGAUGGUUACAAUUGACACAGGCUGUACCCUAAAUCUGAUAUCAUCAGUCAGCGUAGAGAAACUUGGCUUUAAGGCACAGAUCAUCAGCAACAAAAAUGAAGAUCAUUUAGGGCCACUCCAGCACAACCUCCAAACCAUAGGACACCUCAAGCUGAGUUUGGUCAUUGGGCAAACAGAAAUAGAUCUUUUAUUUACUGUUGUGGUGUAUGUUUUUGUAGAAAACAACAGAAUGUUUAUAUCAUUGGGCACAAAGACGCUCAAGUUUCUAAAGUGUGUUAUUGAUACUGAAAAGCAGAUGCUGGUUCUUGGAAAUUCUAUACGGGAGCAAGUCCAUUUUGUUGGAAAACAUGAAAAUGAAGUCUCAAUGGAAUAAGAGGAAUAUACAAAUAUCUACAUUCUUAUCUCAUCUCUCAAAGACGUAUCUGCAAAGGAAAUUAGUUUAAAGGGCCUGGGGCCAUUACUGGAAUCCAUCAAGCCUGUGGGCUAUCUUUAUCACGUAUCCCUUUUUCCACUUCCUCUGUGCAGAGCUCAUUAUGAGAUGAUUAUUCUAGCAGGGCAUUGCUGAAUUAUAAAUAAACAGCAAGUGUCAUUUCUACAUCCACACUUUAAUGAGCUGUAUGUGUGUCACUAAUUUAUGAGUGUAGAUUUAGGUUUUAGCCUUAGUAAUAAAAGGAUUGUAAUCAUGGAUAUACAAACAAGACGUUUUGAAUGAGCAUAUCUGCAUAAUAUUAUGUAUUGCACCAUUGCCACAUGAUUGGCUGACUGGAUAAUUGCAUGAUUGAGCAGGUGUAUAGAUGUUCCUAAUAAAGUGGUUGGUUAGUCUAUAUAUCGAUACAAUACCUAUGUACAGACAUCAUAUAUAGCAAUUUGUUUCUAUUAAGUAAAGCAUUAUUUUUGAAACCCUACAUGUCAAAUUGUGCAAUGACUUUAGCUAAGAAUUCUUAGCUCAUGAGCUAUAACACUACAGUUUAGCAUUAUCACAUGCACCACACAUAUUAUUUAGGUAAAUGUCACUAAUAGCAAAAGCGUUCACAAAAGUAUUUCGUAUAAGAAUAUUUUCCUAGAAAGCUUUGUAAUGACAUCCUGUCAUAGACUAUUUUGUCAAGUGUAUGCUUUAAUUAAAUAAAAGUUAAGGAUUUUAAACACA